AUGGCCCGAGACAGACUAGGCAGAAACAGAGAUGUCUCGACGUCAGUUGGAAACACAAAUAUUGGUUAUUCCCCAGACUCGGCUGCAUCGGGAAUGCCUCCACUUCGACCUACGCAGGAACAUGUUUCUGUGAAUCAAUUUAACGCGGCAGAAGUUUCUGCUUUUUUGAAUAGAAGUUGGAAAGAAGCACUAAAUCAAUUGUAUGAUAGUAGUCUUCCCGAAACUGAAAAACCAGUUUCGUAUAAGAGUUCGGAGAAAGCUUGGGGAGGUAAAGGUUGGGCACAGAAAGGCAACUUGAUGGCAAACGGACAGGAUUUUCUCACUGAACUGCGCAAAUCAUCCCCUCAACAAUCUUCAAACCUGCAAUCAACAGCAGCAUCUUGGCAUAAGUUAUGGCGAUGGGGAUGGCAAUGGGAUGGCAAUGUGGAUGGCAAUGUGGAUGGCAAUGUGGAUGGCAAUGUGGAUGGCAAUGCUGAUGACAAUAGAUUGGAAAACGAUGUGAUACCGUGA